AUGGCUUCGCUACGCAGUGCCACCCCCAGGCUCAGGAAGUACUUUAAGGACAACGGCAUUCCUCAAGUCUACGAGGCACUGUUAUGUGGUAUUCUUAUUACAUAUCCUGAUGAUCCACUGAGAUACUUAGAAGAAAAGCUCAAGUUUAUCAUUGAAAAUGGUCUUGAAAGUCUUUUAUGGGAUAUGUGCAUUGAGCCAUCAAUUCAAUCAAAAAUUAGAAGAUUAUCUGAAACUUACAUGGAACAACUUUUUGUGCUGGAUGAUUAGCUGGUAUUUAUCAAAUUGAUGAUAAAAGCAUGCACUUUCUAUACCGGUCAUCUAGUAAAGACCCACUUUUGCUUUAACUAUAUACAGUACUCUAAUACAUUUUCUCCAGAGGUCCUAUCACAGUUGAAUCGGAUGUUCAGUAUAGUCAGGCAAAAAAUUUUCAUAGUUCGCUGGCGGGAAGAAACAAAGCGGAGGAUUCAAAUUCAAGAAGCUGAUAUGGUAUUGAAACAUAAAAUUCAAUUGAAAACAUGGAGACACGUGUUAAUAUACAGGAGAACUGAUAGACAAGACUAUGCAGACAGUUCAUCCAAACUCCUCAGUCUAGCAUUUGAUAUCUCAUUGUUGCCUAUAAGAGCAAUAUUACAGAUUUUCUUGUACCUUACUUUCAAAGAUAUGUUGGCAUGUGGUCAAGUUAGCCACUCCUUGAUGUCAGUGCCACAAAUAAGUGCAAUGUGGACUGCUGUAGAUUUUUCUACCCCAAAAACCAUCUCAGAGAAAUGGAUAAUGUCUACUCUGCAAAAGUGGCAUCUAAAUGUGCUAUGUUUGAAUUUUCAUGGUUGUUUCUUCCAAACAAAAACAAUGAGAGCUGUCAGCCACUGUAAAAACUUGCAAGAGCUUAAUGUCUCUGACUGUCCAUCCCUCACGGAUGAGUCAAUGAAAUACAUUUCUGAGGGCUGCCCUGGGAUUCCAUAUCUUAAUUUAUCAGACACAACUAUCACCAAUAAGAUGAUGGCUCUUCUUCUUCGCCACUUCCAAAACUUACAGAAUCUCAGCUUGGCUUAUUGCCGAAAGUUCGCAGACAAAGGUUUACAGUACCUGAGCUUAGGGAACGGAUGCCACAAGCUCAUCUAUCUGGACCUUUCGGGCUGCAUUCAGAUUUCAGUACAAGGCUUCAGGAACAUUGCAGAAAGCUGCAGUGGAAUUAUGCACCUGAUCAUCCAUGACAUGCCAACUCUGACUGACCGCUGUGUAAAAGUUUUGGUUGAGAAGUGCUUGUGUAUCACAUCAGUGGUUUUCAUUGGGUCGCCACAUAUUUCUGAUUGUACCUUCAAAGAGCUUUCAAAUUGCCCUCUCCAAAAGAUCCGGUGUGAAGGAAACAGAAUGAUUACUGAUGCAUGCUUCAAAAAUAUAGAUAGGAAUCAUCCCAACAUCACUCAUAUUUACAUGGUGGACUGCCAGGGAAUAACAGACGGUGGUCUCAAGUCACUGUCACCCCUGAAGCAACUGACUGUGUUAAAUCUGGCAAAUUGUGUAAGUGCCACUGCAGCUGUGGAACCUAACCUCAAACAGUCAAAUGAAAAUGAGUCAUCCCAGCUGUCAACUGGGGCAACCAAACACCAUCUGGUCUAUAGGUCUGAUGAAGGUUUGUCAAUACUUUCCAAACACAUGCAUGGACUGAAGGAGCUUUCCAUAUCUGCGUGUUAUAAAAUCACUGAUGUGGGAAUUCAGAAUUUCUGUAAAAAGGCACCAUUCUUGGAGUACCUGGAUGUCUGUCAUUGUGCCCAGCUGACAGAUGAUGUUAUGAAAACAGUGGCCAUUUACUGUGCUCAGCUCAUUUCUCUCAACAUUGCAGGCUGUCCCAAGAUUACUGACAUGGGAAUAGAGAUGUUAUUGGCAAAAUGCCAUUAUCUGCACAUUUUGGAUCUCUCUGGUUGUGUCCUGCUUACUGACCAAACCCUUCAGGACCUUCAGAUAGGUUGCAGUCAACUCCGAAUCCUUAAGAUGAAAUACUGUAGUCAUAUCUUCAUGUAA